AUGCAUUUUUUAAAAUUGGCCUGUCAAUUUUUAAUAAAUUAUAGAACAAAUUAUUGGUUGAAGCGAUUGACGUCAAACAUAUAUCUUUGCACGUUAUCCCUUUGUAGCUGCUUGUUUUUAUCGAUGGUUUUACUGACUUGGAUGGAUAGCAUUUUAGAAGUACCGAUCUAUAAUAAUUCUGAAUUAGGAUGUAAGCUAUUAACAUUUUUCGCUCAUAUGAGUGAUUUCAAUUGCGUUUGGAUGAUUUCAUGGAUUUCCUGUGAUCGAGCAAGCUUACUUUUUCAACCCGAUAUUCGUAUCAUAGUUUGUUCAAAAACAUUUGCUCGGCGUAUGGUUUAUGGUACAGUAUUGUGCAGUGUAAUAUUUUAUUCGUGGUGUUUAAUAGUGGCUGGUUUGGAAUAUAAUCAUCAUUUUGUAUUUUGUGGUUUAUCUCAGAACUUAACAUUUCUUACAUUAAAUCAUGCUGAGAUCCACUUUUAUUCAACAAUUUUCGAUACAGUAAUUUGUACAGUAGUCCCUUCAUUACUUAUCACAGUAAUGAAUAUUUUGGCUAUAUAUCGUUAUCGACAAUGUAUGAGAUUUUAUUCGUCUAACACAUCAAGAGUUCGAUUUUUAAAACUUUCUGAUCGAGGUGUACGGAAUAUAAAUUUAAAGGAUUAUUCAACCAAUGCUAAAAGACUUUUGUUAAGUCAGCAAAGCAAGACUAAUCAACCAAGCACAAAAUCACCUCGUCCUGCUUCAAGUUGUAAAUUACGACUAUUAGAUCUUCAACUCAGUCGAUCACUUCUUAUCGUUACAAGCACAUUCGUUUGUCUUACUGUACCAAAUUAUGGAUUCCGUCUGUAUAUCUCAACAUUUGAUCCACAAUCAGCGUUAUUUCAUUUCGCAUAUUUUGGAACUUAUUUACUAUAUUACUUACAUCAUGCUGUCCUCUUUUACAUUUACAUCUUUUGGAGGUGA